AUGCAAGAUACUAUACAAACUCCUGCUCCUACUCCACCGCCGCCAAUUCAACCCGCUAUACAACCUGCCCCACAGACACAGCAGGUUACUAUGCCUCCACAAGUCCCAGUGGCGUCGCAAGUUUCUUUGUCUUCGCGAACGACGAUUCAUCCGCAAUCUCAACAGGUUCGUGGUUUGUCACAAAACGGUGUGCGUCCACAAAUUGCCACAAGAACUCCUACUUCCCCCAUAUCGCAUUCCCGUCAAAGUGUUGUACCGAUUCAGACCGUACAAGUUGCACAAUCAUAUACUGCCGACUCGCGCAUUCAACCUUCCAUGAGCAACGGUGCUGUUAGUCCGACCACUCAACGUCCUUCAUUCAGUCCGUACAUAGGUCGUUCGUUACAAGUGGCGUCUUCUCCAAACUCACGCCCCUCUACUGUCGCCACUUCAAAUAAUUCUCCAAUCUCAACACUGGUAAAUAAUUCGCAUUCCACACAAAAUUCACAUCCACCUCGAUCUCCUAUCCUGCAAAACGGUCAAUCAUCUUCAUCUUCAUCAUCGCCGCCACAAAUUUUACAAGCAAAUCAUCAUGCACAACCCAAUAUACAAGUUCCUCCGUCACAGCAAUCGCAGCCACGUGCUCUAACGCCAGCUGUAAAUCUGACACAGACACAAUUGUCGCGUCCAUCAACGCCACAGCAGCGUCAUUCUCAUCUGCCAUCAACGAGUUCUCCACAAUUAUUGGCUUCAUCCUCGUUAACUUCACCUGUGCCUGUUACAGCUGCUGCAAAGGUACUUGAAUGGGCUGCAUCUCAAAAUGGUGUUGAUCAUCAUGAACCGGAGGAAUUAACAAGAUAUAUAAAACAGGAACCUAUUGAAGUCUCUGGUUCGCAGCUCCUUUCGCAAUAUCAUGAUCAUGAGUACGAGGAUGAAGAUGAAAUGAUGGAACCAAUGUUGGAUAUGAGAAUAAAGCGUGAACAUACCGAUGAUGAGGAUAGCAGUUCGAAAGAGGAAAUUGGAUUCACUCCGCACAAUCGUGGAAAUAAACUUAAGAGACGCGCUGAAGCUUUGAAUGGUGGUCCUAAAUUGAAGGCGCCAUAUGGUUAUCACGAAGACUUAGAGUAUAUUGAUCCCCCCAGUGGAAAAAGGCGUCAUAUUAUCUACAGAAUUCCACAAUCAUCAGAAACAUUAUUACCGUUCAGCGGGGACGAAGAAGAUAAUCCAUAUAAAGAAGUUAGUAUAAAAGAUAUUCUCGGGCCUUUGGAGACUCCCGAAGACAUAAUUAGGCGUCCAGCAUUGAAAAGAGUAUUAAAAGAUUUAAGAUUAAAUAAACUUGCGCAGCAAUUUUCGCAAAUGAUAGAGGAUGAACAUCGUUACAAUAAAAUCCUUACCAGAUUAUAUAACAUACUUCAAGGGGAUGAUCCCAUGUAUCAAGAUCUAGAUUUCAGAAUCAAUCCAUUACCAGAAACGGUGACCACUCGCGUUUCAAAAACUGAAAAAUCUGAAGGUGGUAGUGGCUUCGGUGUAUUGAAUAUGGGAUUACAGGGAAAUGAGAGUAUCAAAGGUAAAAGAGCGUUAGAGGGAAAAGACGAUGGAUUAGAAACGCUCAAAGAAAUACGUGAAAAAUUAUUGGAGCAACUUGAUUAUAGUGGCCAAUUUCUAACAAAACUGACAAGCGCAAGGGCCGGAAUAGUGGGUGCUUGUAAACAAAAAGAAAGGUUAUAUAUUCGAAUGAAGGAGCGAGAAAAAAUGAUGAGAGAAAAUCACAAUUCUACAUUUACGUCAUCAUCCAGUACACACGAACUUAACAAUCAUCAGCAGCCUAAUCCGUCCUCAUCUACUGUGCAAAAUUCGACCUCCACAACGACGGUAAAUACGUCAUCACAACAUAAAGACAGGCGGAAUACAAAAACAAAGGGUAAACGUCGUGCGAAAUAA